UGGUCCGGGUGACAGUUGAAUAUGGCCGGAGCUGAGGAGCCCUCCUGGAGGCAGUCGGAGCUGGAGCCCGUCGUGUCUUUGGUCGACGUACUUGAGGAGGACGAGGAGCUGGAGAAUGAGGCGUGCGCCGUCUUGGGCGGUAGCGACUCUGAGAAGUGCUCCUACUCGCAGGGCUCGGUAAAGAGACAAGCACUGUAUGCCUGUAGUACCUGCACUCCAGAGGGAGAAGAACCAGCAGGAAUUUGUCUAGCUUGCAGUUAUGAAUGUCAUGGAAGUCAUAAACUAUUCGAGCUGUACACAAAAAGAAAUUUUCGUUGUGAUUGUGGAAACAGCAAGUUUAAAAAUUUGGAAUGCAAAUUAUUUCCUGACAAAGCAAAGCUAAAUUCCAGCAAUAAGUACAAUGACAACUUUUUUGGAUUGUACUGCAUUUGCAAGAGACCUUAUCCUGAUCCCGAAGAUGAGAUUCCAGAUGUGAUGAUCCAGUGUGUAGUCUGUGAAGACUGGUUCCAUGGAAGGCAUCUUGGUGCCAUUCCCCCUGAAAGUGGGGAUUUCCAAGAGAUGGUAUGCCAGGCUUGUAUGAAACAUUGUUCUUUCUUGUGGGCUUAUGCUGCACAAUUGGCAGUAACCAAAAUAUCUGCUGAGGAUGAUGGAUUGGUGCUAAGUGUUGAUGGGAGAAGUGAUCAGGAAGUUAUCAAACCUGAAAAUGGAGAUCAUCAAGAUAGGAUCCUCAUAAAGGACGUUCCAGAACAUGGAAAGGAUGCCAUCAAGGAAGUUAAAGCAGAGAAGAAUAAUGAACCAUCUACCAGCUCUAGUUCUGAAUUUGAUCUCCAGACAGUGUUUAAGAAUCAAAGCCUCAACACAGAAUCUGGCUGCAAACUUCAAGAGCUUAAAGCUGAGCAGUUUAUAAAGAAAGACACUGCUACGUAUUGGCCCCUGAACUGGCGUAGCAAGUUGUGUACCUGCCAAGACUGUAUGAAAAUGUAUGGAGAUCUAGAUGUCCUGUUCCUGACGGAUGAAUAUGACACAGCUCUGGCUUAUGAAAACAAAGGCAGGAUUGACCAGGCAACUGAUAGGAGAGACCCUUUAAUGGAUACCCUUAACAGCAUGAAUAGAGUCCAGCAAGUGGAACUUAUUUGUGAAUACAAUGACUUGAAGACAGAACUUAAAGACUAUCUGAAGAGAUUUGCUGAUGAAGGCACGGUUGUUAAAAGAGAGGACAUUCAGCAGUUCUUUGAAGAAUUUCAGUCUAAAAAGAGAAGAAGAGUAGAUGGGAUGCAGUAUUACUGCAGCUAGAGUGGAGUAUGAAGCCGUCUCAUUCAGGCCAAUGAAAAUACUGCUUCCUGUUCUAGGAAUAAAAGAGGCAUAUUCACAUUUGGUCCCCUUUCCAUCUUCCUGUCUUUGGAGAGGCCUCCUCCUCUGGCCUUGAGCUCCCUUUGUUCUCCUUAACUACAGUAGCCACAAUAUUUAUGCUGAUUUCACAACCAGCAUUCUUUAUGACUCAGCUAAAUGCAACUCAUUCCACAGACUUCAGCUCCCCCUACCCCAAUAUACCCAGGGUUAUUUGUUUAUAAAUCUUAGGAAGUUUGAUUUGGGUUUGAGAAAGCAAACUGGUUUCUUUUUUAAUGAUUUGUUCUUUAACUCCCGAACAUAUGUACUUUGUCACAGAGCUGUUGCCUUCUAGGACCUCUUCUGUAGGCAUUGCAGAAGGUUAUCUUCCUGUCAACUAGAACCUCUGUGUGUCCCCUUACCCCUAUGAUCAUGGUGCCUUGGUCAAAGUUUCCUCAAGCCUGGUCUGCUUCUCCCACAUCCCUGCAUUCUGAAGUUUGGUCAUGGCUUAGAAGGAAUCUUGAAUCUUGUUUCCUCUGGGCCCAACCUCCAAAGUAACCAGGAUUAAUGGUUUUCUAGCCUGGAUGUCUAUCACAAGCCGGGAGAUUGACUUAUGACGGGGUUGAGGAAGCAAACCUUUGUUGUGAAUUUUAAAGUGAAAUUUUCAUUCACAGUUCUACUGGCACUAGAAUAUUAGAAUUUCAGUACUGUAGCGCUCACAGGGCUUCCUGAAGAAAAUAUGUCAGUAUACUAGUCCCUUUUCUGCUGCCUAGAAAAUAGACCGGGUGUCACCCCUGUGAAAUAUUGGUGGUUUACAGAGUCCUCUGGAUUUCUUUAUAUUAUCAGGGAUAUUCAUAAGCAUAUAUUUAAAAUGGACCUAUUUUGAUAUCAUUCUGUUAUGAAAAUGUUACUAGAACCCCAAUAAAUUAUUAUUUUUCCCCUUGAAUCUGUGCUGAAGGAAAAAGAUACUGACUUAACUUACUUGUAGUAAGCACAGGGCAGUGACCGCCCUGUUUUGGAAGAGACAGACUGUGGAAGAGAUUUCAAACAAGGCGCUAGGCUGCACGAGUGAUGAGUUUUAUGUAUAUAAAUGUUAAAGUUCACAGCUGGUUCCCUGAUGACUAUGAUAUCUUCUUUUCAAGAUCCUCAUGAAAUGUAUAAAACCCCAUUUCAUGAGUUUCAUGAGGAGAAGUCCUUUCUUUAAUCUCUUUAAAUCCGCUUAGUCUAUGUGGAAAACACCGUUUGAUAAAUAUACAGCCCUCAGUUGCUAUCUCCUUCUGGAGGAACAAUGUCUUUCCUGACAAUAGAUGACACACUUUGAGGUAUGUUACUAAAAAUAUUUUAGGCUUUGGGCUUUGGGGCCUCCCAUGUAUAUUAAUAUUUCUUUUAUGUCCAGCAAUUAAUGUAUACAAGUGCCCACCAAUCUGGACAAGAUGAACCAGGUCUACAAAAAGUCAAGACCUCAAAAAAGUGGUACAACUCACUUUUUUAGACAUUCAGUUUCCUAAUUACACAUGCUCAUGAAGAGUAAUGUGUGCAGCUGGAAGGUCUUAUGGCUGCGGGAGAUGCUUGUGUGCCCAGAGCUGGCCUUGUGGAGAGGGCUCAGUUAAAAAGCUCAGGGUGUCUUUAGGAUUGUUUGCAAUCAGCAGCUUGGGAACUCUUCUAAGUCUGAGGAUGUUUUGAACCCCUUCUGCAACUUUGCACCAUAGUGUACCAUCGUGUCCUGAAAGUUUAUAUCUUCUCAGAUGUCUGAUUUAACUACCAGAAAGUUCCUUACUUCCUGUGAUAGGUCAGGACCAAGUCUUGGAGGCAGUGCGAUACUGAGCAGCACAGUAGUACAAGUCACCCAGUGCUGAAGGGCUUGUUUUAUGAAAGGUACUGUUCCUUCUUUUACGUUAACCGGAAAACCUCUUUUUUUACCUGUUGUUCACAGCUAGUUUUCUUAUUGAUUGUACUGGACCAUCUCUUCUUGUAGAGACUGAUUUUGGCCAACAUGUGGCAAUUGAUAUUAAUGCAUGUUUUAUGCAAAACAAAAAUAUGUUAGUUGCUUUUAAGGAAUUCUGGCAUUGUAUGUGCAUUUUUGUAGAAAUUAUUACUGGACUUAUAAUUACAUACUUAACUCCAAUCAGGUUUCUGUAAAAUUUAAA